GCGGGUCGGUCAGGCGGGGCGCGGCGGCGGCGGCGGCGGGGCCGGGCCGGAAGGGUCGCGGUUGGCCCCUCACCCACUGCGGCGGCGGCGCGGGGCGGCCGGACCCGCCGGGCUCCAGUCCGCGGCCGCCCUGCCCGGCGGCGGAGACCAGCACCAUGACCGACGGCCAGGGCGACGGCCAGUUCUGCAGCGUGCAGGUGGCGGACUCCACCUUCACCGUGCUCAGGCGCUACCAGCAGCUGAAGCCCAUCGGCUCGGGAGCACAGGGCAUCGUUUGCGCCGCCUUCGACACGGUCCUGGGGAUCAGCGUGGCCGUGAAGAAGCUCAGUCGGCCUUUUCAGAACCAGACGCACGCCAAGCGGGCCUACCGGGAGCUGGUUCUCUUAAAAUGCGUCAAUCACAAAAACAUAAUUAGUUUGUUAAAUGUGUUUACGCCACAGAAAACCCUAGAAGAGUUCCAAGAUGUGUACCUGGUCAUGGAGCUCAUGGACGCCAACCUGUGCCAGGUCAUCCACAUGGAGCUGGACCACGAGCGCAUGUCCUACCUGCUGUACCAGAUGCUGUGUGGCAUCAAGCACCUGCACGCGGCCGGCAUCAUCCACAGGGACCUGAAGCCCAGCAACAUCGUGGUGAAGUCCGACUGCACGCUCAAGAUCCUGGACUUCGGGCUGGCGCGCACGGCCUGCACCAACUUCAUGAUGACGCCCUACGUGGUCACGCGCUACUACCGCGCCCCUGAGGUCAUCCUGGGCAUGGGCUACAAGGAGAACGUGGACAUCUGGUCUGUUGGCUGCAUCAUGGCAGAAAUGGUCCUCCAUAAGGUCCUGUUCCCAGGAAGAGACUAUAUUGAUCAGUGGAAUAAAGUUAUUGAGCAGCUAGGCACGCCAUCGGCAGAGUUCAUGAAGAAACUCCAGCCCACGGUGAGGAAUUACGUGGAGAACAGACCGAAGUACCCGGGCAUCAAGUUCGAGGAGCUGUUUCCAGACUGGAUAUUCCCGUCGGAGUCGGAGAGGGACAAAAUCAAAACCAGCCAAGCCCGGGACUUGCUCUCGAAAAUGCUGGUGAUCGACCCCGACAGGCGCAUCUCCGUGGACGAGGCGCUGCGACACCCCUACAUCGCCGUCUGGUACGACCCGGCGGAAGCAGAGGCGCCACCGCCUCAGAUCUAUGACGCCCAGCUGGAAGAGAGAGAGCACGCCAUCGAGGAGUGGAAAGAGCUCAUCUACAAGGAGGUGACGGACUGGGAAGAGCGGAGCAAGAACGGUGUGGGCAAGGACCAGACUUCAGCACAGAUGCAGCGGUGAGCAGCCAUGCGUCCCAGUCGUCGUCCUUCAACGACAUCUCCUCCAUGUCCACUGAGCAGACCCUGGCCUCGGACACGGACAGCAGCCUGGACGCGUCCACGGGGCCCCUGGAGGGCUGCCGGUGAUGGCGGUGGCGGCCAGAGCGGGCGGCUUGCCGCACAGGAGCCGGGGCUUCUGCGGGGCCCGACAUCCCCCCCCCACUCCCAACCCCCACCCCGCGCCCUCUGCAUGUGAGAAACUCCACACCUCGCCCCGCUCGGCUCUGUGAAGGCUCCUGCGUAGACGGAGACGCAGAAGCAGGUCCCGCCAGGCCGGGCGCUCGGACCCGAGCCCAGCCCCACUGCAGAGGGCCUGGCCCGCUGCUUUCAGGCUGCUGCAGUUAGGACCCGGGAGUUCUGACACUUUUGUUAUGUUUUAAUUUAAUCCAUUUGUGAGGUCUUAGUGGCCCCGCCCCCCCCCCCCCAGAGUGCCUGUUGGGGACAGAGACGGGGACGUUUGCUUCAGUGUCCCGAGACCUGGCUUAGCUCCCCGCUUCCCGCUUGGCCCUCCUGGGCCAGAGCUCGAAGGCCGAACGGGACCCCAGCUCAUUCCCUAACUUACAUGGUCCAAGUGCUCCCACUUUCCUGACUUCAGCAGGAAAAGCACGAGCUGGACUAAAGAGAAGGGGGGGGAGCGUUUGGCCUCCUCAGGACGGGCCGACUCCGCUCGGGGAGGGCCCUCAGGUGCUUGGCUGGAGGGAAUCUGGGCUGGGUUCUGCACGGAGACUCCCCACCCCCCGCUGGGCCUCUGGACCUCACCUCUGAGCGUGGGCCUGGCCGGGCCCCUGAGCGGGCGGGCCGGUUCCCCAGACCGUGGGCUGGCAGACCCCGGGGCCCCCGCGCCCGCCUGCCCUGCCGUGGGAGAGACCUGGAUUCCGCUUCACCAAAGAUGACUCCCAACUGCUGGCUUGGCCGGGGGUCCGGGCAGGCCCACCCUCGCCCGCCCGCCUCUCCCGCCCCCGACAGUUCUGUUUCCUCUUUGUUCUGGGCUACACCCGUGGGUGCCUGGGGGCUCCCGGCUCAGGCUCAGGGAUCGCUCCUGGCGGUGCGGGACGGGCGUCCCCCCGCCUGGCUCUGGCCACCUCCUCCUCCUUCCUGCCCGGAGGCCCUGCGGCGGCCCCACUGUGGGAGAUGGAGGGAAACCCACCAGGCUGUGACACUGAAACCCAGAGGAGACCCGGCCUGCAGCCAGCCGGACUCGGGGUGUCCCGGCCCCCCUCUUUGCGCCUCACCCCCCCACGUCUCUCUUCCCAAUUCGCACUUUUUUUUUUGGCGUUUUACUGUCAAAACCGGGGGUGAAGACGAGGCUGCCGCAGGCCCCAGGAUGUGUUCAGAGCAGCAGCCAGUGGUUCCUCCACGACCCUCCAAAGGCCCAGUCCCCUCUCCGCCCCCCUCCCCACCCAGCCCUGGGUCCGAGCCCUGGGACUGGGUCCUCGGGUGGACGAGAUUCGUCAGAAAUGCUGACAGCAUUGCCGGCGACGAGCCUGGGACGGGGGGCGGGGGGGGGUUGACACCCAUGGGGGCCGGGGCCACAGGGAGUCGGGGAGAGAAUCCGCCUCGCGGCUUCUCUGCGGUGAGGCCGAAUCUCCCAGGAGGGAACAAAGGCGUGUUCAGAAUGCUUCAGGGGCGGCGUGGAGGGGGCUCAGCGGGAAGGGGCAGGAACAGACCCAGAGUGCCAGGGGUGUGGGCCCCCGCCCCCACAAGAAAGAAAAAUGCACGUGAGGGCUGGGGGAAGCUUUGCUGUGGUGGGGGUGUGUGUAUGUCAAGGACCCCCUUGGAGACGACCUCUCGUUCCCCCUGGGUCAUCAGCCGCAGAAACAGGAGUCCGGGGAGCCGGGGACAGCAGCCCUUCAAGUGAUGGAGGCCGGUGUCUGAGGAGACGGCGGCGAUGCUUGUCCACUGCCCCUCCCUCUCCCUCCCUCCCCCUCCCCCUCGAGCUUAGAGUGCUCCCCCGUUCUCCUGGUGGUGGGCGGGGGCUCCAGGCACACGGGGAAGAAGAGGCCCAGAGACCGCCCUGUGGCGUGGGGUGGGCUGGGGUCCCUGGGGGGGCCGGAGGAGGCACAGGCCGAGCCCAGGUGUGGUCAGGAAGCUGAACCCGCUCCGUCAGCCGUGUGAGGCGUGUGUGCGUGUGUGCGUGCGUGUCUGGUGGCUUUCAGUGUGACUCCCCCGUCUCGUGCUGGCUGUGUUUGUCCAGCUGUGACCGUCCAGACCGCCUCCACCCAGAGUAACACGGCUUCACGUUUCGUAAUCCACUUUGUGGUUGUGUGUUCCGGAUCGGUGACGAUAAUAUAGACGCAUUUUAAAAACCGA